AUGGUGCACGACGCACGGUGUCCGGUGCUCAACGUCAGUGAGGUCACGAUCUUUUCCGAGCCCAUCACAAGCGUCCUCAUCACCCGAUUUCUGUUCGACCUUCAAUUGGUCAAUCGCCGCGCGGUCCUGGACCAGGACUCCGAUAGCCCCCCAUAUACCGACGUGGUCGCGACUUCGAGCACGCUUCGCUUCGGCAGUUUCAUCGACUCCUUGGGAUCCACGAUCAGUUCCAUAGAUGGCGAGCGCCACGAGGACAGCAGUCUACCAGUCGACCCGACCCAGUAA